CUUCAAUUCACGCCAAUGGUGGAACUUAACAGCGGUGGAUCGCAACUUUAUUCUGUUCCCAACCCCCACUCUCUUGUUAUUUGCUUCUUUCUUUCUUUGAACUUUGUCCAGCCUUGUUCGUCGGGUCACUUAACCAUGCCACCCUCAUCUGCAAUGUUCUUCUUCCACGUCAAUCUGUCCUACCCCUUCUCUUCAGGCCCCAUGUUCGAGCCGCAUUCUUUAUAGAUAUCUGAGGUAACAUAUUUGACGAUCAAUGGUGCAUCUGUCAUAACUUAUACUAUGGAUACCCGUCCUGUUAAAUGAGCCGUCCCCCUGAGAUAAGAAACGCCCCAGUGCGAUAAGAUUCAAAAUGACGAAAUUCCGCUCGAGGUUAUAUAAAACCGAUCGAGCUCGGGAUUUUGAGCAUGAACAGGACCGUCAUGUCCGCAUGCGACAAGUUUACGAAACCAUCGAUCGACAGGGUUACCAAUGGAUUGUGGUGUUUGUAGCCGGAGUGGGCUUCUUCCUCGAUGGAUAUACACUAUUUGCAAGUAACAUGGCCUUCCCGAUGCUAUCCUACGUCUACUGGAGGGAUGAUCCGUCUUCCAUGAAACUCACGAAUAUCAACAUUGCCACCUUGGCCGGUACCAUGCUGGGGCAGGUAUUAUUUGGGUAUCUGGCAGACAAGUAUGGGCGCAAGAAGAUGUACGGUCUGGAGUUGAUGCUCCUGAUCACUUCGACCCUCGGUGUGGUCAUGGCCUCAAAUGGCGUACACCAUAGUAUGAGUGUGUAUGCGUGGCUGAUAUGGUGGAGAAUUGUGGUUGGCAUCGGCGUUGGGGCUGAUUACCCAUUGAGUGCGGUCAUCACAUCUGAGUUUGCGCCCACAAAGCAUCGAGCGCGAAUGAUGGCGUCGGUCUUUUUCAUGCAGCCGCUUGGCCAGAUCACCGGAAAUAUCGUGUCAUUGAUUGUAGUCGCCGCCAGCAGAAGUCGAGGAGACGAGGACCUGACCCGCACUGUGGAUAUCAUGUGGAGGUGGGUCAUUGGGAUCGGAGUGGUCCCUGGUGUAAUCGCAACGGUCUUCCGGUUCAUUAUCCCAGAAAGUCCCCGGUUCCUGCUGGAGAUCGAAGACGACCCCGUGCAGGCAGAAUUCGAUGCAACUACCCUCUUUAACGAGCCGAACAACUCUCCCUCCUUAGAAACAGAAAGUUGGCAUAACCUGCCCCUUCCAGCGAUCUCCAUGACGAGUCAAUGCUUCUCUGAUCGAUCACACUCGCAGACAGAAUUUCUCCAGCCCGCCACUCUCAACUCUCACUGGCAUUUGACGAGAAAAGACAUCACACAAUAUUUCUGGACCGAGGGCAAUUGGCGCACCCUCGCUGCCACCUCCCUGUCCUGGCUUUUGCUCGACUUUGGCUUCUACGGCAUCGGCCUCUCGAACCCACAGUUUCUUGCCAAGACAUGGGGUUCCCUCAAGCUCCAUGGUCCAGCACCUGUCUGGCAGACGGAUGAUAGUCCGAAUGCCGAUGUUUUCAAGAUGUUUCUCGAUAGCUCAACGCAUGCCCUUGUCAUCCUCAACAGUGGUAGUUUCCUUGGGGGCUUACUCUUGAUUCUCGUUAUCCACCGUCUUGACCGUGUCGCACUCCAAAAAUAUGGGUUCCUGGCGCUGGCCGCCCUCUUCAUCGCCCUGGGUACUAUGUUCCUGACCGUCCACAAAGAAGGUGCUGUAGCCGUGGCCUUAUACAUCAUCGGCCAGGCUUUCUUCAACUUUGGCCCCAAUGCAACUACCUACAUAAUCCCCGCCGAGAUCUUCCCCACCCGGUACCGUGCCACCUGCCAUGGAAUCAGUGCCGGCGCUGGCAAACUCGGCUCAAUUCUAGUCCAAAUCUUCUCCGCACACUUUAACUUCGGUUCGGGUCUCGGUAACGAGCCCAUCAUCCGCCACGGCUGGGUUCUAAUCGUCUUCAGUGUGUGCAUGAUCCUCGGUGCGGUGAUCACACAUUUCUGGAUCCCGCCUGUGCAGCGACAAGACGGCAAAGGGAAGCUUUGGGGUGGGAAGACGGAGACCCUGGAGACCUUGGCGCUGGGAAGGAUGGGAUGGAAGAGUCGGUAUGCUGUGAAACUGAGAGAAAGAGAAAGGGUUGUAUCACCAACCUUUUCGCCGGGAGGCUUUGGUCUAUAGUAUAUAGUACUGUGAAUAUUUGCAUUGUGCAUAUGGUGCUCAGCUGGGUUAGACACUCACUUAACUUUUCUUGUACAUACAUAUUUAGAUAUACAACGACCAAAUAGGAUGCUUCA